GGCCGACCUGGGCUACCAGGAGUGCCAGCCUAGCCCUGUACAGCAGAAGUGGUGGUAGUCGCCUUUGCCCUUGGUUCUUGUUCUGCUUGCGCUCGACCUCGCAGCCAUGGAGGCACCCCAGGAGCUUCUGAGUGGGAAGCUCCAACUCUGCUUCACCCCCGCUGCCGGGACCAGCCUCCUGAUGCUCAGGCUGAACGACGCGGCGUUGCGGGCGCUGCAAGAGUGUCGGCGGCAACAGGUUCGGCCAGUGAUCGCUUUCCAAGGCAACCGAGGGUAUGUAAGGUUCCCAGGACCUGGCUGGUCCUGCCUCUUCUCCUUCAUAGUGUCCCAGUGUGGCCAAGAGGGCCCUGGUGGCUUGGACCUUGUGUACCAACGCUUAGGCAGAUCUGGGCCUAACCACCUCCACUGCCUGGGCCCACUCAGGGAACGCCUCACUAUUUGGGCAGCCAUGGAUUCCAUCCCUGCCCCAUCUUCAGUUCAGAGACACAACCUAACUGACAGUGCCAGAGAUCCUGAGAGUUGGCAGAACAUAGGAGACUAUUCUGAGGAAGACACAGUUUCACAGCCACAAAUGGCACUAAAAGAGGUGCCAGAUCCACUGGCAAGCAGCCAAAGACAGUCACUCCCAGGAUCCUCAGAGGAACACAUGGCACAGUGGGAAGUGAGAAACCAGACCCAUCUUCCAAACAGAGAACCUGAUCAGGCACUGCCUUCCUCAGCUAGCCAGAAACAUUCGGACAAGAAGCGCCCAGCACCUGCAACCACUAGAAAACUAAAAGAAAAGAGGCUCAGAACCCUGCCUUUAGCUCCAAGUCCCCUACAAGCACUGCCCAGUGAGGACCUGCAAGAGGGAGGUUGGGAGCAAGAAGAUAAAGAUGAAGACAUGGGCUCCAGGCUGGAACACAGUCCCUCAGUUCAAGCAGAUUCUGAAUCCCCAAGCCCUGAAGAAGUACCAGAUUAUCUCCUGCAAUACACAGCCAUCCACAGUGCAGAGCAGCAACAUGCUUAUGAGCAGGACUUUGAGAUGGAUUAUACUGAAUACCGCAUCCUCCAUGCUCGUGUUGGGGCUGCAAGCCAAAGGUUCAGAGAGCUGGGAGCAGAGAUCAAGAGAGUUCAGCAAGGAACUCCAGAACAUAAGGUGCUGGAAGAAAAAAUAGUCCAGGAAUAUAAGAAGUUCAGGAAGCGGUAUCCAGGUUACAGGGAAGAAAAGCGUCGCUAAGAAAGUGGAUGCUUCAUUCACAACCAGGAAUGAUAUGCCUUUCCCAGUUCCACUGGAGAAGGAAGUUAAUGGGCCACACCUGGGCUGUGGGGGAGAGAGGUGCACCCAGCAGUGUCAGCAAUUCCUGAAACAACUUGGAUGGAACCCCAACCUGAUGCCACACCCAUACAGGGCAUUUUUGGGCAGAGACUAGCCUUGGGAGGUAUAAACAUGCUCAGUUGCAUGACAAGGGUAAACAGUAACCCAUCCUUAGGGUAUGGGCAGGGCCUGAAACAGACCCAACAAAAAAAGUCCCUCACCUGUUGUAGUCAUCAGGCCAGGGGCCUGGGCAAUAAACAUGUAAAGACAGAAAAUGACGAAAGGUAGAAUGGAUUUAUAGGUGAUGACUAUGAACCUAGCUAGCUGGUCUAUAGCAGCACUGACCAAUAUGGUAAGCCAGUAGCUCUAG